ACAAUUCCCUAACGUGCGGCAGAAGAAGGAUUCUUGCUUGCAGAAGAGGAAGCGCCCAGAAGGGGAAUUAACGGGAUCCACUUCCAAUGAGAAGCAGUAAGUAAAAUAUGACAUACAUUUCUAUUCCGCUUACAUUAAAGGGACACUAUAGGCACUUAGACUACUUCAUCUCAUUGAAGUGGUCUGGGUGAAUUGCCCUGUCGGUUUAACUCUGCAAUGUAAAACACUACAGAGUUCUUCUAAACAGCCAGUAGAGCUGCUUCCUGAUCCCUAACAUAGUUUUACUCUGUGAAAGGACAUUGGACGUCCUCACUAUUUGAUUCAAUGCUUUCUUUGAGAUAGUUAAUGUGUGAAUGGUGCUCGCUGUGCAUUAGGUUCCACCAAUGCUGUGAUGUAGCUGGAUGAGACCAUGGCGUUGAAAAGAGGUAAGUUGGAAAAAAUUGUGUUUUAACCCGUUAUUCACUGGACCAUAAGGGAUGGGGGAACUAUUAAGUUAGAGACAUGGACAACACAGCAUUAUGUAUACAGUGUUCCUAAUGCUAUAGUCAGCAUUUAAGGAUGUGAUUUUCAACAUUGAACGCUUUUGAUUAUAUAAAAUACAUUCUGAUUUUGCUGGACGUUAGCUCUUGGGAGACAGAGAGCAAGAAAAAUAAGUAACACUAAAGGAAAGAACAUAUUUCACUUAAAGGAACACUAUAGUAAUCUGGCUGCAAUGGCCCUGUUCUUUUAACCAUUUUUUUUUUAAUUGCACGGUUUACAUUGCAUUGUACUGACAGUCACUAGAGAUACUGUCUGAAUAAAACUCGGUCACAUGACGUGGAAGCCCAUAGGAGGGCAUUAAUACAAUGCUUUCCUAUGGGGAAGCUUUGAUGCACGCGAAGCACCAAAAGCGUAUGAGAUAUAUACAGAGGAAGCAAUGUUUCUACAAAGACAAUGAGGGAUUAAAAGAGGUGAACAGCACAGGGGAGAUUGGACACUGGAAAAAGAUAAAUAACACGUUUAUAUAUUUUUAUUGCAAAUGGGAGGAAAUCUAUAUGUAACGAGGGACUAGGCCACUAACAGUUUUUCCCAACAAUAUAGUGUUUCUUUAAGGCCUGUCAUAUCCCACCACACCAUAUUAAUUAUAUCACUCCUCAGUGUUUCCUUAUAGAAAAAUAGUCAUUGCUAAAAUCCCAUAUUUGCAUAGAGUACAUAUGCAUAUAGUAGCUGCACUGACACAAUGGAUUUUUUAAAAAGUGGUUUUAAGCAAUAAAAGACACACCUUAUGGACCAUCUGGUUUUCUCCCACAACAGGUCUUCACCAGCUUCCAAACGAAGGACAAAAAAUGCUAACAUUGUCCCAGGACAGGAAGACGAACGGCACCUGGACAUCAAAGGAAGAGAGCAAAGGGAAGCUUUCUACCAACUUCUAGGUAAGAAAUUCUGCUCCAUAGUGUAAAUCUGGGGUUUAUAUGGUUUUAAUAAUAUUUAUUCAGCAGAAUAGGCAGUUAUUCAAAGAACACAUAUAGUGGCUAAAUAGAUGUUUGAUGCCCUGGCCUCAAUGCAUCUCUAUGGGGAGCGGUCAGUGUCUCCAUGCAGAGCUUUGAGAUACUGUACACCAGUGCUGCACACUGUGCAGCACAUACCCAGGAAGCACCUCUACAGGGAGUGCAGAAUUAUUAGGCAAAUUAGUAUUUUGACCACAUCAUCCUCUUUAUGCAUGUUGUCUUACUCCAGGCUGUAUAGGCUCGAAAGCCUACUACCAAUUAAGCAUAUUAGGUGAUGUGCAUCUCUGUAAUGAGAAGGGUGUGGUCUAAUGACAUCAACACCCUAUAUCAGGUGUGCAUAAUUAUUAGGCAACUUCCUUUCCUUUGGCAAAAUGGGUCAAAAGAAGGACUUGACAGGCUCAGAAAAGUCAAAAAUAGUGAGAUAUCUUGCAGAGGGAUGCAGCACUCUUAAAAUUGCAAAGCUUCUGAAGCGUGAUCAUCGAACAAUCAAGCGUUUCAUUCAAAAUAGUCAACAGGGUCGCAAGAAGCGUGUGGAAAAACCAAGGCGCAAAAUAACUGCCCAUGAACUGAGAAAAGUCAAGCGUGCAGCUGCCACGAUGCCACUUGCCACCAGUUUGGCCAUAUUUCAGAGCUGCAACAUCACUGGAGUGCCCAAAAGCACAAGGUGUGCAAUACUCAGAGACAUGGCCAAGGUAAGAAAGGCUGAAAGACGACCACCACUGAACAAGACACACAAGCUGAAACGUCAAGACUGGGCCAAGAAAUAUCUCAAGACUGAUUUUUCUAAGGUUUUAUGGACUGAUGAAAUGAGAGUGAGUCUUGAUGGGCCAGAUGGAUGGGCCCGUGGCUGGAUUGGUAAAGGGCAGAGAGCUCCAGUCCGACUCAGACGCCAGCAAGGUGGAGGUGGAGUACUGGUUUGGGCUGGUAUCAUCAAAGAUGAGCUUGUGGGGCCUUUUCGGGUUGAGGAUGGAGUCAAGCUCAACUCCCAGUCCUACUGCCAGUUCCUGGAAGACACCUUCUUCAAGCAGUGGUACAGGAAGAAGUCUGCAUCCUUCAAGAAAAACAUGAUUUUCAUGCAGGACAAUGCUCCAUCACACGCGUCCAAGUACUCCACAGCGUGGCUGGCAAGAAAGGGUAUAAAAGAAGAAAAUCUAAUGACAUGGCCUCCUUGUUCACCUGAUCUGAACCCCAUUGAGAACCUGUGGUCCAUCAUCAAAUGUGAGAUUUACAAGGAGGAAAACAGUACACCUCUCUGAACAGUGUCUGGGAGGCUGUGGUUGCUGCUGCACGCAAUGUUGAUGGUGAACAGAUCAAAACACUGACAGAAUCCAUGGAUGGCAGGCUUUUGAGUGUCCUUGCAAAGAAAGGUGGCUAUAUUGGUCACUGAUUUGUUUUUGUUUUGUUUUUGAAUGUCAGAAAUGUAUAUUUGUGAAUGUUGAGAUGUUAUAUUGGUUUCACUGGUAAUAAUAAAUAAUUUAAAUGGGUAUAUAUUUGUUUUUUGUUAAGUUGCCUAAUAAUUAUGCACAGUAAUAGUCACCUGCACACACAGAUAUCCCCCUAACAUAGCUAUAACUAAAAACAAACUAAAACUACUUCCAAAAAUAUUCAGCUUUGAUAUUAAUGAGUUUUUUGGGUUCAUUGAGAACAUGGUUGUUGUUCAAUAAUAAAAUUAAUCCUCAAAAAUACAACUUGCCUAAUAAUUCUGCACUCCCUGUAGUGGCCGUCUGACUGCCACUGGAGGUGUCCCUAGGCAGUAAUGUAAACACAGACUUUUCUUUGAGAAGGUGGUGUUUACAUUAAAAAACUUGCAGGGAGAAGCAGUAGACACCAGAACAAUUACAUUAAGCUGUAGUUGUUUUGGUAUUUAUAGUGUCCCUUUACUUAUUCUCCGACCACAAGCACUAGAUAGAGCAAUUAACAGUGAAUAAUUCAAUCUUGGACAAAUUACUCUCUGGUAUUCAUAAGAGGCAAUUAUAAGAGGGAAUUCUAUUUGGGUUUCUUGUAUCAUAGCGACUACCUAAUCUUUACACUAACGGCUGAAAGUACUGUUUAGUGGCAUGGUCCCUAAUGAUACUCUUUGUUUUUACUUAACUAUGUCAUUCUUUAUGUGAAACAACACAUACAUAUCUGUACUUUAACAUUAGAGAUAACUAUUGGUCCCCUCCUGGAAGGGAAUUACUAGUUCUCCAUACACUAUAGAGGAGAUUGUGGUGUUUUCUACUUAGUUCACGUAGGACACCUAUACCCUUUCCAUUGAGUGUUCCUCAUUUACAGGUUAUAAGAAUAGCAUCUAAAUUUUAGGCGGUGGCACAACUUAUUUAUACUUUUUAUUUUUCAUUUCGUUUUAAAUUUUAAAUUUUAACACACUUGAAUUGUAUUCAGUUCCACUCACUAUACCGUACACCAACCAUAAUCACUCCUGAUUUUGUUGGCUCGUCUGUUGUAUUAAAUAGCGCAGUAGGAUAGACUAUUUUUCACAUGUUGGUUAAGCAGUGGGGAGAGCACUAAAUUACCACCGCGGCGGGCCAGCACUAUACUAUUUCAGUAAUAUGAAGGAACAGGGGGAGGAGUGCUGAGGCGUGCGGAGACACACAACAUGACGCUGACGUGACGUCAACGUGCGCGGCCUGUACACAUUCACAGGUCUCCAGUAGCUAAAAGAUCCACUCAGAUGUGAGGGCGGCUACGUGGCGGCAAUAGUGCUGUGAGGCCCAAGCAAGCAGAUCAGCAUUUUGUUUGAUUGAUCAUCAAUGGGGGUCCAGGGUAUUUAUGUGACGAGAGGUGUGCAUUGCAUUUAUGUGAAGGGAAGGGUACAGGGUUUUUUGUGAAGAGGGGUGCAUGGAUUUUAUAGCAGGGUGUGUAGGAUUUUUGUGAAGGGGGAAGGGCAGAGGUUUUGUAUAAGGGGCAGGAUAGGGUUUUUGUAGAAUAGGGUAAGGGCAGGGGAUUGUAUGAGGAUGACAGUUUUUUUUUUGUGAAGGGUGUGCAGGAGUUUUAUGAAGGUGGCAGUGGAUUUGUGGAAUGGAGUGCAGAGGUUUUGUAUAAGGGGGGCAGGACAGAAGAUUUGUAUAAGGGGGAAAGACAGGGGAUUUAUAUAAUGGGGAAAUGGCAGGGUAGUUUGUUAAAGGACCACUAUAGGCACCCAGACCACUUCAGCUCAAUUAAGUGGUCUGAGUGCCAGGUCCCUAGAGAAACUGCUAUGUUUACACUGCAGGGUUAAUCCAGCCUCUAGUGGCUGUCUCCCUGACAACCACUAGAGGCGCUUCCGCAAUUUACACUGAGUAAAUCGUACUUAUUUGAUGCUGGCGUCCUCACGCAUGCGCAUUCGGCUCCACUCGGUAGCUGACGUUUAUGGAGGAGUAGAGGUUACCAGUGCCGAGGGAGCCGGCGCUGGAUUAAGGUAAGCAAAUAAAUGGUUAAUUAACAAUUUAUUCGCCACGGAACGGGGCCCUAGUCACCUACUCUAUAGUGUUAGGAAUACAUUUUUUGUAUUCCUAACACUAUAGUGUUCCUUUAAUGGGGGUGCAGGAGUUUUAUGGAAGGAAGGUGCAGGAGUGUUAUGGAAAGACGGUGCAGGAAUUUGUAAGAAGGGGGAAAGAACCGGAGCUUUGUAUAAGGGGGGCAGGACAGGGGUUUUGUAGAAUGGCGGAAGGGCAUGGGUUUUUUGUGAAGGAAGGUGCAAGGGUUUUUUAGAAGGGGGAAGAAGAGGGAUUUCAACAAAACCCCUGGUCUUGCCCCUUCUAUAAAACCCAUGCAUCCAGGUCAGUGGCCGAGAGCUGGGGGAGCAAAAAUCUGAAUCAUCUGCCCCUGUCCGGGGACUCUGAUUUUUCAUCUUAACUGUCUCCCUGCAGCUAGCACAGGACAGGGAAGUCGGCCGGCCUCUCCUGAUGAUGUCAGGAGGAAGAGGUGUGGCUUCCAAAGCUCUUCUCCCAGACCGCUGGGGAGUCUGGGAGAAGAGCAGUGGAAGCCACACCACCUCCUACUGACAUCAUCAGAAGAAGCUGGCCGACUUCCUAGGCUGCUGUGUGGGUCCUCCAGCUCCUGUUCCACUCCUACCUGGCCCAAGGUAAAGAAUACACUUUGUUGUUUUUUUAUGAUCUACUCUUUUUAAAGCAGUCCCUGUCACCCUAACAGCUCAUGCCUGCCCCCCACCACAGCCCCUGUCCCCUCUCUAAAGUUCAUGUGCCACCCUCUACAGCCCCUGUCACCCCACUACACCUCUAUUACGUCCCCUAACUUUUCAACUAACUACAGCCACUACCAGUGCCCUUCCAGAGAUUAGGUUCUGGAUCCGACCCUGCUCUGUAUGACUAUAUGACUGGAUAUAUAUGUCUUUGUAUGCCUGUGUCUGUAUGUGUAUAUGACAGUGCGUAGUGUGUGAAUGUCUCUGUAUGACAGUGUCUGAAUGUCUGUGUUUGUAAGGCAUUGUAUCUCUAUGUGUAGAUUGUAUGAAUGUGUGCCUGUAUGACUGUUUGAUUGUGUGCCUGCAAAUCUUUGUGACUGUGUGCCUGAAUAAUUCUGUAUACCUGUAUGGUUGAGUGUUGCUAUAUAUUUAUGUCUAUUUGGCAUGGGAGGAAAAAGACACAAUGGGCCCUGGGGGUAGGGACACAGAAAACUGUCUGAGGGGAGAGAGCCACAGAACAGGGCUGGGGGGAAAGAAAGAGACACACAAAGGGCUUGGGGGAAAGUAAGAGAUACACAAAGGGAAUGGGGGAGGGGAGAAUGAGACACACAAAGGUGAUCAGGAAAGUUCGAUACACAGGGGGGCUUGUAAGAGACACAUAGGUGAAGAUGCAUUGAAGACAUAGUAAAGGAUGGAUAAAAUACACUAAAGAGGGUAAGAAAUUCAAAAGGGGGGCUACAAGACACACAGGUGAAGGCGCUAUUAUUAGGGAGGGGUGGGGAGUACAAAAUGCCAUCCUUGUCUAUUUAGCAAAAAAUCCUUGCACCAGCCCCUUUCUACAAAACUCCUGCUCUGGCCCCCUUCUAAAUUUGUGCAAUUAAUAAUCUUGAAAACAUUUUUACAAAUUGUGGGUGUUUUAAAAAAAACUUUUUAAAGGGGGGGGGGGUGUUAAAAACAGGCUCCGCCCUGAGUGCCAAAUGCUCUAGGUAUGCCCCUGCUUUAACUGACUUCUCAACUAAACAGAAUGAUACAGACAUUUUUUGGUGGCGGGAGUAUCUGUAACAAAACCACUAGGAGGUGCUAAAUUCAGCUUGGGAUGCUGAAGCAUAUAAUAUAGCGCUAAUUCUAUUUCUACCUAACCCUAAUCUUAGUUAAAGGGAUUCUCUAGUGCCAGGAAAACAAACCUGUUUUCCUGGCACUAGAGAAUCCUGGAGUGCCCCCCUCCCCUGGAGUUGAAGGGGUUAAAACCCCUUUUAUUCACUCACCUGAAUCCGACACCGAUGUUCUCGGUGCUGGGUCAGGCUCCAUCUGCGGGGGAGACCUAAUGUGCAUGCACGGCAUUGGCUGAACACGCGCAUUAGACCUCCCAAUAGGAAAGCAUUAUUCAAUGCUUUCCUAUGGGGAUUCCGGCAACACUGGAGGUCCUCAUGCAAAGCGUGAGGACUUCUAGUGUCGUUUAGAUGACCAAAAGUCGUCUAAGAAGCCGGGAAGUCAAUCUAGUGGCUGUCUGGUAGACAGCCACUAGAGGAGGACUUAACCCUGCAAGGUAAUUAUUGCAGUUUAUAAAAACUGCAAAAAAUACACUUGCAGGGUUAAGGGUGAUGGAAGUUUGCACCCAGACCAUUUUAAUGAGCUGAAGUGGUCUGGGUGCCUACAGUGUUCAGUGAUUAACAGCCUCAACUUAUCCUAACUAACCCUAGCUAACACUCCAUUGUCCUGUUCUGCUAAGCACUUGCGGUCAGAGUCAUUUAUUGGUGAGGGAACCAGCAAUAGCCCAGUGCUUUCUGAUCAUUGUGGGUACUGGUUGGAGAGAUUGCCUCCAGUUGUCAUAGCAAUCUGUUACCAGGUUAUGCUAUGAAAUCAUAUUGCUGGAUAUCUCACGCUUGAGACACACUGUUCUCCACUGCUAUUCUGAUUGGAUGCCCGAGGAGGGCUAUUGCUGAUAUACAGCCUAACCAGUAACAAUUACAGCAAUAUCAAGGUCCCACUAUCAAUUAAACCUAACUGCAUAAGUGAUGAGGACACACAGGGGGACACACAGCCAUCAUGAAGGGGGGUAAGGAAAAGUUAAUUUUAAAGUAAAAAUUUCUAGUCUUAUAAUAGCUAUUACUUGUCCUAUUUAUUACAGAUGAUGCCAUUGUCCAAGCAUUUCUAUAUACUGAUGAAUAUUUCAAGUCGUCUGACAAGGUAUUGUUACUGAUAUAAUAUUAUUAUCAUUAUUGUUAACAUAUGGUCUCCUUUUUACCAAAUGUCAAUAUUAUCAGAAAACAUUGUUUUCUCUACUAAAUAAUUCUAACAAGACUUUUCUGCCAAAGAUAUUUAGAUCCACAGUCAAUAACUUAUAAAAUGAAAUUAUUUAAAAUAAAUUCAUUGCAAUUUUACAAUACAAUGCAGUGUAUUGAUAUGGUAAUUAUUUGCUGCCUAUUAGCUUUCAAGAGAUGUAUGUACUAAACAAUAAAUUGUUGCAGAUUUGAGGCCAAAUUUGCCACGAAGGAUAAAUAUCGGACCUGGACAAUUUCUCCAAUGCUGCUAACUUGGACUAUCGUUUCAAAGUCCUUAUUCACUGUUUAGUGAAUUAAAUCUCACGUCUACUGUUAUAUGUCUCUUAUUAUUUUUUUUAUGGUCUGUGAUUUAAUCCCUUGGCUUAUUGAGGGACUAGGUGGCCAGCUAUAUAGACCCAGGCCCAGAAGGCUCUAAAUAAUGAAAAAAAAAAGUCUAUUGUUACUGUAUGGCUAUGGUUGCCCUGGGUGCUUAUGCUAUCCCUCAGGAGGAUAUGGGGGACUCUGUGGAUUGGCUGGAUCUAUUCUGCACACCACGCGCCUGACCGGAAGUUACCAUAAUUCGCUGGAACUAUUCACCGGAUGAAACCUGUGUCACAAUCCAGUGAAUCUUUGAUUGGGUGUUGCUCAGUACCCUGACCACCAAUCACAGCACUAUUUGGAGACAAUGUUGGCAAAGUUUAGAGACAAGUGAAAACCAGGGGAAGGGUACUCCUCUCCCCAGAGCUCCAGGAAUAGCUUUUAUGAGACAUAUAAUGUGUGGGGGUGCUGAUCCCUAACAAGAUUACAAACACAUCAUUAGAUGUGCUCGUGUUAUGUUAAGAUCACUAGGACCCUGCAGAGAGCACUAAAACAAUGCUUUUGUAUGACUUAUCCUCAGUGGCCUGGCCUUACCAGGCCUUACCUGGCCUUGCCAGACUGACUUUACAUAUUUGUCUAGAUUGAAAAAAGACUACAUUCCGUCAUGUUGAAACUGCCAGUUAUUUCUGUCUGGGUGCUCCCCCUUUAUCCCCUCCCAUCGGUAUCCUUCUUUAAUAGAUUCAGGAGUUGGGAGGUAUGUUAAUUCCUGUGCUGUAUUAGUAGGAUUUUCUCUCUCCUAAUCUUUAUUACAAGCCUUACUCUAAUUCUGAUAUUCUCCUAGUACCUGCUGGCAAUGGUGAUGACAUACUUCCAGAGAGCAGGACUGAAGAAAGAAGAAUGUAAUAGGGACAACUUUUUUACAGCUUU